AUGGGUACAACUGAACCGACAGACUGGCUUAUAGAUACAGCUGUACCGACAGACUGGCGUAUGGACACAGCUGAACCGACAUACUGCAGUAUGGGCACGGCUGUACCAACAUACGGGAGUAUAGACACAGCUGUACCAACGUCCAACAUACGGGAGUAUGGAGACAGACUGGCACAGAAAGACUUGCGUAUAGACACAGCUGAACCGACAGACUUGCGUAUGAACACAGCUGAACCGACAGACUUGCGUAUGGACAUAGCUGAACCAAUAGACGGGCUUAUAGACACAGCUGUUCCGACAGACUGGCGUAUGGGCACAGCUGAACCGACAUACGGGAAUACUGUACCGACAGACUGGCGUAUGGACACAGCUGAACCGACAUACUGCAGUAUGGGCACGGCUGUACCAACAUACGGGAGUAUGGACACAGCUGUACCAACGUCCAACAUUUGGGAGUAUGGACACAGCUGA